AUGCAUGCUUAUUUGGCAUACGGAACUCAAAACUACAUAAAAAGUACUUCCAUUAUGAAGGCAGCUUAUAAUGUGGAUGGACAUAGCAUAAAUGCUUAUGACAUACAAAGCUCCAUUUUGGGAAUCCGGCCGCACUAUUCUACACCGUGGCUUCAGACACUUCUCUCUCCUGGAAAAAAGUUCAAGACGGGGAGCGGCAAUCAUCCUUAUGCCAUUGAAUACCCUGAAUUGCUUGUUCAUUUUGCGCUUUGUUCAAGGGCAGACUCGGACCCUGCGGUUCGGCUUUACACGGCAAACAAUGUACUCCAUGAUCUUAAAGUCGCUAAGGAGGAGUUUAUAAAAGCUACAGUUUACGUUCGCAAAGAAACGCGGAGUGUUCACCCAAUUUGUUUCCCGCCAAAUCCCCAAGGCCUCAAUGCAAAUUACAGAACAAAAUUCUCUCUAAAUCAAUUCACAGGAACUUACUCAUAGUGACAGAUCCGAAUCAUAGGAGAAGAACCAAUGGAUCUGAGCGACGAAGUCAAGACUGCGCACAAGCGAACUUUCCUGAAGUUUUUCGAACAAACUAACUAAAUGUGGAGCUCAAAAAGUCAUUUGACAAAAUGUUCGCUCAAAAUCGCCGCCGGUGUAUAAUCAAUCUCGCGCAUUUCUACCACUUCGGGGAAGGCUCCGAUUUGGCUCGCAGGCUUCUGCAAAACCCAAGCGAAUACGUGCAGCCACUUUGCGAUUCUGUGACUGACAUGGUUCGGGGCAUGAAUGCCAAGUACUUGAAGGAAGGAGAACAAAUAAUGGUCGGAUUAGAGGGCCCUUUUGUUUCACGGAGGGUAACCCCCAGAGAACUCUUGUCGGGGUUUAUUGGUUCCAUGGUCUGCGUUGAGGGGAUUGUAACUAGGAAUAAAUUCCUUGUACAGACCUAUUUGCACAGAGCCUGUACAGGGUUUCUCACAUGAGGGUGGACAUAUACGAAUAGCUUUUCUCUUGUAACUAAGGGAGUUGUAUUCAAUUGUGAUUUUUAAAGACUUUGAUGGACUUUUUUUAAUUUCGUGGAUAUUUUAUAGAUUUAUAUGGAAUUAGUGGAAGUCUUUCGAUAAA